AAAAUGGUUAAGAAUUUUCUAGUGGGAUUAAGGUUGUGAUCUCAGGGGAGGGGUGGGACAUCUGCUCUUGGUUAUUUUUGUGUGAGCUGCUUCCCCUUAAAUGUAUGUUCACAAAUGAGCCACAGCGUUAUCAUCUGGGGUUGAGAGAAGACGGGUGUUGGUACUGCUCCUGAACUUGGCCUCUGAGCCAUGGCUUCUCAAAGGCACUCAGGUCCCUCCAGCUAUAAGGUGGGCACCAUGUCUGAGAAGUUCGACUGUCACUACUGCAGGGACCCCCUGCAGGGCAAGAAGUAUGUGCAGAAGGAUGGCCACCACUGCUGCCUGAAGUGCUUUGACAAGUUCUGCGCCAACACCUGCGUGGACUGCCGCAAGCCCAUAAGUGCUGAUGCCAAGGAGGUGCACUAUAAGAAUCGCUACUGGCAUGACAACUGCUUCCGUUGUGCCAAGUGCCUUCACCCCUUGGCCAGCGAGACCUUUGUGUCCAAGGAUGGCAAGAUCCUGUGCAACAAGUGUGCCACUCGGGAAGACUCCCCCAGGUGCAAAGGGUGCUUCAAGUCCAUUGUGGCAGGAGACCAGAAUGUGGAGUACAAGGGCACCGUCUGGCAUAAAGACUGCUUCACCUGCAGCAACUGCAAGCAAGUCAUUGGGACCGGAAGCUUCUUCCCUAAAGGGGAGGACUUCUACUGCGUCACUUGCCAUGAGACCAAGUUUGCCAAGCAUUGCGUGAAAUGCAACAAGGCCAUCACAUCUGGAGGAAUCACUUACCAGGAUCAGCCCUGGCAUGCCGAGUGCUUUGUGUGUGUUACCUGCUCUAAGAAGCUGGCUGGGCAGCGUUUCACCGCUGUGGAGGACCAGUAUUACUGCGUGGAUUGCUACAAGAACUUUGUGGCCAAGAAGUGUGCUGGAUGCAAGAACCCCAUCACUGGGAAAAGGACUGUGUCAAGAGUGAGCCACCCAGUCUCUAAAGCUAGGAAGCCCCCAGUGUGCCACGGGAAACGCUUGCCUCUCACCCUGUUUCCCAGCGCCAACCUCCGGGGCAGGCAUCCGGGUGGAGAGAGGACUUGUCCCUCGUGGGUGGUGGUUCUUUAUAGAAAAAAUCGAAGCUUAGCAGCUCCUCAAGGCCCGGGUUUGGUAAAGGCUCCAGUGUGGUGGCCUAUGAAGGACAAUCCUGGCACGACUACUGCUUCCACUGCAAAAAAUGCUCCGUGAAUCUGGCCAACAAGCGCUUUGUGUUUCACAAUGAGCAGGUGUAUUGCCCUGACUGUGCCAAAAAGCUGUAACUUGACAGGGGCUCCUGUCCUGUAAAAUGGUAUUUGAACCAUGCUUUGUGUCCUUUGCUCACUCCUUCUGCACCAUCCAUAGGAGAAGAAUGAGCCUCCACCUCUUUAAAGUUGCUCUUUUCUGUCUUUUCUCCCAUUUUACAGUAUUAAUCAACCAAGGGCACACAGUGAUCAUAUUAGGAUUUAGCAAAGAGCAACCUUGCAGCAAAAAUAAUUUCUCUCUUGCUGCAAUGGAAAAACAAAAAUUUAGAUUGACUCUUCUGCAUGUUCCUCAUAGAGCAGAAAAGUGCUAACCAUGCAGCCAUCUCAUGAUGGAAGGCCAUAAGGCUCCUCCCACUGAGAUGCCUUCCAGGGGCUCAGCUGGGAGCCACUGUGCAGUCACGUGACUGCUGUGCCAGAGUUGCAGCGGCUGCUCCAACUCACUGCUCACCUUCUUCUGUGGGCGGUCCAAGAACUUGCCAGAAUGCAUGGUUUAACUUCCUUAUCAAAAACUCUGACCUUCCUUCUGUUCUUUUGUGCUUUUCACAUGACUAACACAAAUUUCCAGCGAAUUAACAUUUUGAACUUAGCUGUAAUUCUUAACUGACUUUUCCCCCAUACUAACAUUUGACUCCCCCACGUGGCGAGUUCUCUGAGCGUUCCUACUUUAAAGCAUGGAACACACAGGUGAUUUGGAAAGUCUAAGCAGAGCUGAGAAAACGAGCCUGUUUCAGAACAUCGUCACAGUGACUACUUCUGGAAACUUAACAAAACUAACCUUCCUGUCCUUUUAAUUUUUUAAAAAAAUUUGUCUUGUUUUAAUGAAUAGUGAAAUAGUUUAUGGGUUUGGAAACUUGCAUGACAAUAUUGGAGCCUCCUCAGACGUUCCUGCAGUUUUGAGAUUCACCAUGUAGAAGUGACACAAACUCUAGAGGGGCAGCUGAGCAGGCAACAGGGCUGUCAUCAACAAGAAAGACAUUGUAAAACCGUGACAAGUUGAAGUCUUUGUAACGUAGCUGUUGUCUGCUCCUUGUCUGUGUUCAAGAAGACCUUUCUUGUGAUUCUUAGAACUUUCCCUCCAGAGCUUAGCUGGAUCGCGGGGGCCACUGGGGUGGUCCUCACCCUUCACAGGCCGAGACUGGCUUUCCACCUCCUGCUUCUGUGUACUCUCCAUUAUGAUAGUACAUAUGUAACGAGACAGUAUCCGAGCAAACAUGUAAUGAAAGUCCAUAUUCAGAUAUUACUGUAGCUGCCGACACCUCAUCUCCACAUUUGUCAUUAGCUAUCUCCAUCUAAAGCCCCAGUGUACCUUAUAAAAAUAAAGCAGCAUAGAAAGAA